AUGGCAGACAGACCAAAGCCAAAGAUCAACAAGAGUCGAUCGGGCUGUAGUGCGUGCAAGAAGAAACGUAUGAAAUGUGAUGAGACUUUGCCUCAAUGCAGGAACUGCGUUCGUCGGAAACUGCAGUGCCCGGGUUACGAGCGACAGCUGAAGUGGUCGACCAAAUAUGAACGAUUGCGCACUUCCAGGUCAUCGAAGGAAUCACAGGCCAAUACCAAGCCUGUAUUUGAGAAGACACUGGAUGAAGCUGCUGCUGUCCUUGACCCAAAAGCGAGAGAUUCAGAAUGGACGAGUUUACAGAAGAUUGUUCCGUCGAAAGGCCAGGAUCCUGAGCGACGAAUGGAGACUGCAAGCGUUUUGCCACCAGAGCCUGACCUGGACCAGGUCACUUCUUGUGAAGGCCAAAUCGAGGUUCAGUUGCCGAUACUUGAAGAAGACCGAAGACGCUUGAAAACUCAUAACCAUACCAUUCUCGAGAGCAUUGAGCAAGUCGAUGCCUACGCGGAUGUUAGCCCCAACGAUGCCAGCACAGUCGAGCGCGUGGAGGUGCCAAAGAUGGAUCCGGCCUAUCUGCAGUACAUCUGGGAAUACGUCUCCGACAACGAUGAUCAUGCCGACAAGCUUGUGGCUCACUACUUUGACGUGAUCUGUCAAGUCAUGUCUUGCUUCGACUCGGCAAGUAAUCCGUACCGGACUGCCAUUCCACAGUCGCUCUCAGUGUCUCCGCAUAUCUUUGACUGCUUAAUGACCAUGUCCGCUGCCCACAUGGCUAAUUACCUCAACGAAUACACUGUGGCGACGCUGAGAUAUCAGACGAAAGCAAUGAGUAGUUUGCAAGAGGAGAUGGCGAGUCUGGCGCUCACUGAACUUGCAACGGCCACUAGCUCCAAGAGCAGGUAUCAGUUGCUCCUAGGUACUAUCAUACUUGGAAUGACUUCGGCUUGGCACGAUCCUACCGCAUAUUCACUGUCACACCUUAAAGGAGCUCGAUCACUCUUCCAAGCUUGGUCCGCAGAGCAGAAUCUUAUUACUCAAGAUGGCACACCCACUAUUUUGAAUCGCGAGCAGAGCUUCCUCGUCGGGUCCAUGGCUUACUGGGAAUGUCUCGCCUCCAUCCUCAUCGAUCAAUCACUGCAGAAGCUUGACUACCUGAAGCCUUUCUCCGAGCUUGCGGAUGGUCAGCCAAUUUAUCCCAACUCCUGGACGGGCGUCUCGACACCGACCUUCAUCUUCCUCGCCCAAGUAGGUGUACUCUUACGCCAGAAACGAGUUCUCGAGAAGCUCGUCCAGAUCGACCGCGGCUGCCCGCUUGCAACCGGAAACAACUCUGGAAUCCUCGCAGAUGCUCGUCAAAUACACGAUCAGGUCCUCAACUAUAACCUCCCUUCCAUCGACUCAAUGGAAGAAACGGGCGACCCAAACACCCCACUAAGCCAUCUCUGCGACGUCGCAAAAGUUUACAGAUUCGUGAUCCUCCUCGAACUCUACCAAGCUUUUCCUACACUCCUGGAGUCAAAUGCAGAUCCUACACCCGCGGAACCACGAGCGAGAGAAACCAUCUUCGACCUCGCCACCAGCGCCCUAACAAUCCUCUCCAACAUUCCCCGAACCUCAGGCGUCUUCACAGUCCUAAGCCUCGCCUACAUUUCAGCUGGCAGCGCCGUUCAACUCGCCAUGGCAGGUUCCAAAGCGGACACUACCGUACCGGGACGACUUGAUCUCGACGCCGAACUAAACGAAGUUCGCCACAGCAAGACCGCCGUGCAAUGGUGGCGUGACAAUCUACGACAGCAAAUCAUCCACAGCCAUAAGCGUCUUGGCAUAGCUUCGCUUGGACGAGGUGCGAAGUUGGUGCAGGAGGUGUGGAAUCGAUCUGAUCUGCAGGCGGAGAUGGCUAUAGGGCCCGAUUCCGCUCCACACGUGCAUUGGCUUGAUGUCAUGAUUGAGCUUCGACUUGAGACACUAUAUGGAUGA